UUAAACAUCCGAAUUCUGCUCCGUCAGAUUAUCUUCUACGAGGACAGGAACUUUGAAGGCCAGCACUAUGAGUGCAUGAGUGACUGCGCUGACCUGCACUCCAUGUUUGACCGCUGCCGCUCCAUCCGGGUGGAGAGCGGCAUGUUCAUGAUCUACGACCGCCCCAGCUACAUGGGAACCCAGUACUUCAUGAAGAGGGGAGAGUACAACGACUACCUGGGAAUGACGGGCAUGACUGAGUGUGUCAGGUCCUGCCGCAUGAUCCCUGUGCACAGCGGCAACUUCAGGAUGAGGCUCUACGAGCAUUUUGACAUGGGAGGUGAGAUGAUGGAGCUGACAGACAACUGCCCCAACCUCAUGGAUCGUUUCCACAUGUCCAACUUCAACUCCUGCAACGUGAUGGAGGGCCACUGGCUCAUCUACGAGCAGGCCAACUACAGGGGGCGUCACUACUACAUCCGGCCCGGCCAGUACAAGAGCUUCAACGAGUGGAGCGGCAACAACUCCAAGAUUGGCUCCAUCAGGCGACUCAUGGAUCUCUAA